CGCCAGAUUUCAACUGCUUCUGCUUUUGUCUUUCUAUAUUACACGUAGACACCCACCGCUACCCACACUUGACUCUCCGCCCCCUUACAAAAUUCACCAAACUAUUUGUUUUGUUUGCCUCACACUACUUCAUAAACACACAUCUCUUGCACUUUCUUUUCUGGGUUCUUGUUAUUUUUCUUUUUCAUCAAGAACCCAGAAUUUAGUUUUCAUAAUGGAGGAUUGUGCUGAAUCAAUUGAAGUGUCACAAAUCAGUGGCUAUAGACUUCUGUUUAAGGCCUUGACAGUUAUACCUAUAAGUCACUAUGUGAUCGGAUUGUAUUGUGUGUUUCUUGUGUUUUUGUACAAUUUCUUGGAGUUGCAUUUCUUUGAAGAUCUUUUCUCUGGUGGGAGUGUUGUUAAUCUUACUUAUCAUUCUGGGUCUGAGCUUUACCAGUCUGUUGUUUCCAAGUGCAAAAUUCUUCACACCAGGUACUUAUCAACCCCAUGGCUUGCAAGUCCCCACUUUCAUACUACACUUAUAGAGCUUUUUGGGAGGCCUCCUGCUUUCACCUACAAAAGAGAAUUAUUUCAUGCAUCUGACGGUGGAACGAUUGCAUUGGAUUGGUUAAUGAGUUCAAGUGUCUUAGGAAGUCCUUCGGACGAUGGUAAUGUUAUUCCAAAGAACAGUACAACUCCAAUUGUAGUAGUGGUUCCCGGAUUGACAAGUGAUUCCUCUGCUGCUUAUGUUAAACUUUUUGCUUUCAAGAUGGCAAAACAUGGAUGGAAUGUCUUGGUGACCAAUCAUCGAGGAAUGGGUGGUGUGUCAUUCAGUUCUGAACGCAUUUAUAAUGCUGGAUGGACAAUGGAUAUAAGAGACAUCAAUAACCAUCUUCGGGAAGAAUACCCUGAUGCUCCUUUAUAUCUCGUUGGACUUAGUAUCGGUGCAAACAUUGUGGGGAAGUAUCUUGGAGAAGAUGGUGACAGGGUUCCUGUUGCUGGUGCUGCUGUUAUAUGCUCUCCGUGGGACCUUUUGAUUGGUUCCAGAUUCAUAAAACGAAGACUUGUACAAAGGUUUUAUGACAGAGUUCUUGCUAUUGGUCUUCAAGGUUAUGCUAUGCUGAAUGAGGCCCAUUUUACCAAAUAUGGUGAUUGGGAAGGCAUCUUAAAGGCGCGCACUAUUCGGGAUUUCGAUAAAUAUGCCACUUGUGUUGCUACCAAAAUCGAGACUGUAGAUACUUACUACAGAUGGGCUAGUUCUGCUGGUUAUGUGAAGGGAGUGGCAGUCCCACUGCUUUGUAUUAGUUCUCUGGAUGAUCCAGUUUGUCCUGGGGAAGCCAUUCCAUGGGAUGAAUGCAGAGCAAACAAAAAUGUUGUCCUGGCUACAACCAAACAUGGUGGCCAUCUUGGUUAUUUUGAGGGAAUAACGGCAUCUGGCCUGUGGUGGGUUCGUGCAGUUAACGAGUACUUUGAUGUUCUACAUUCUAGUCCUCUCACACAUAAACAAAAGAAGUCACAAAGUCCGGGACACUGUACCCCGGAGGAAUCCCUGAUAGACCAGAGUCCAUAUGUUACUGUCACAAAUGGUAUGGUUGCACCUGCCGAAGUUGACGAUAAUUUAACUGAAGCAGAAAUUACUCAAAAUUGAAGUACUUAGAUGCAUGAUAACUUGUGUUUCCGUGCCAACUUUAGAAGCAGCAGCAAAUUGAUGCCGCUGAUAGGCAGUCUACAUUUUGUGCCCAGCGGAGGAAGGCAAGAAGUUCCUUGAUAUGUUAGCUUUCAGAUGUUAAGAAUUCAUUGUCCUUUGUAUAAUAGAUUAAGGGAUCAUGGAUGAAUAAAAUGUAGCCCUCGAGAAUUGAAUAUAGAAACAAGUUGAUCUCACCAGUUCGUUAGUAUAAAUUAAAGGAGCUCUUACUAA